AUGGCCGACAACAUGACGAUGAGAGGAAGCACGACCGACGUUCCGGCUCCCGAAAUACGACGGCGUCGGCUACUGCGCGUAAUCACCACCUGGAUGGCCAUGCGAGCCAAACACCGCAGCGAGGAAAGACUUCUGCGCCUUGCGCUUGAAGAGCAAGAAGCUUUCACUCAAGCGUGCGAGGACGCGAUGUGCGCCAACUUGUUCACGAUGGCGGCUAUUGCGAUUGAGUUGCUGCAUCCCAUCCAGAGAGAGCGCUGUGCCUUUCAGCGCAACGAAAGGUGGUUUGAAGACACGCUGCCGCACUUGGGCGAUGCGCACUUCAGGCAGUCAUUACGUGUGACGCCUGCAACAUUCAACUACCUUGUGAACGUUCUGACACCUGUGCUAGAACGAGCAGACACGAACAUGCGGCCGGCUGUGUCAGUGGCGAAGAGAAUAGCCAUCGGACUGUACCGGCUACGUUCGACGGCGGAAGACGCCACCAUUGCACAUUUGUUUAGAGUCGGUCGGUCGACAGAGAAUGCAAUCGGUGCUUUGGAUGGUUGUCACAUCCCGGUAUCUCCACCAGAGGAGCAUGCAACUGACUACUUCAAUUACAAGGGAUGGUACAGCAUGAUACUCUUGGCACUCGUUGACCAUCAGUACCGAUUCGGGUAUAUCAACGUGGGAAGCCCGGGCAGCUGUCACGAUGCUUUUGUGUACGGUCGUUCAGAUUUUUGCAAGCUGGUGGAGAGCGACUUUUUCAAAACUCCCGUCUCCGUCAUUGAGGGAACUACAGUAGCACCAAUAAUACUGUGUGAUCAAGCGUUCCCUCUAACGGCAAACCUUCAGAAGCCGUUCGCAAACGCAGUUACAGGAAGCCGUGAAAGGAUGUUCAACUACCAGCUCUCAAGAACCAGGAGAAUAGUGGAGAAUGCCUUCGGGAGGCUGAAGGCUCGCUUCAGAUACACUUCCAAGAGAAUGGAGUGCAAGAUCAAGACAGCCAAACAGGCCAUCAGAGCUGCAUGUGUGCUGCACAACAUCUGCGAGACACUCAAAGACCCAGUUGAAUACUAA